AAAAAAAGUUUGAGAAAUUGUAGUGGCUGAGAUUGCUUCAGUUCGGUGUGGAUGUUUCUGGUUCGUUGUAGUUGAGGUCGUUCCGUCAUUCUUCUUCUUCUUCUGUUUCUGCUGCUACCACUGCUUCUUCUUUUCUCUUCCAGUUUGAUUCUUCUUCCGAUCCCAAGACUCUAAUUCGCCAUUGCCGCAAAUGAGUCCUCCGGCGAGCGUCCGGUGAAUUCCGUUGCUUUUCAUGAAUGAUCGCACCUGCAACCCUCUUCUUCACCAUGAUUUUAUUUCGAGGUUUUGGCGCCGUGGAGUUCGUUUUGUAGCAUCACCUAAUCAUCAGCUUCUGCUUACUUUAUCCACAACGGCUUUAAUAGUUGCUGUGCUCCAUGUCACAAAAAACGAAAGGAGAUAUUCCUUCUACCCACUCCUUGUGAGAGAAGAUUUGAAGCAGCGCUAGCUGCACACGUCCUCCAAUGGACGCCUACUCCUCCGGAGAAGAAGUCGUUGUUAAGACUAGAAAACCAUAUACAAUCACAAAGCAAAGAGAACGAUGGACAGAGGAGGAACAUAAUAGAUUUCUUGAAGCCCUGAAGCUAUACGGGCGAGCAUGGCAGCGCAUAGAAGAGCAUAUUGGAACAAAGACUGCCGUGCAAAUCAGAAGCCAUGCACAGAAAUUCUUUUCAAAGGUCAAUCGUUGGAGAAAGAAGCUCUUGUAAAGGGUGUUCCAAUUGGACAAGCUCUUGACAUAGACAUCCCCCCUCCACGACCAAAAAGAAAACCGAGCAAUCCUUAUCCCCGUAAGACCAGUAUUGGUACCUCAAUAUUACAUAGUGGAGCAAAGCAUGGAAAGUCUCUCAUUUCAGUUGCAUCUUCAUUUGGUAAACAAGCACUGGACUUGGAGAAAGAACCAUUUCCAGAGGAGGCAGCCUGUUUAUCUGUAUCUUCGGCAAACAAGAACUCAAUGUCAGUGCCGCUGAGAAAUUUAUGUGCCUUAAGGGAGUUUAUACCUUCAGAGAAAGAUGUAACUCGAGAUGAAACAAAUGAUUUUUUUGUGACUACUGAGCUUGAAAAUCAGAAGUCGGAGACAGAUGGUGGCAAGCACGCACAACAAAACAAUGGCAGUUUUGAAGUCUCCGAGUUGGAGAACUCUGGUGCGUCCAAAUUGGUGCAAUCUGAGAAAAAAGAUGGUCUUAAUUGUGCGUUAACACUAGAUGGAAUGCAAGGCAGUCAGAAUUUCCCAAGACAUGUCCCUGUGCACGUAGUUGAUGGGAACCUUGGAGCUAGUACUCAAAAUCCAUCCCAAAAUAUGUUGUUUCGAGACUCCAUAUUUCAGCCAAUAGGAGGGGUAAAUGGACAACCAAAUCUUGUCACCAAUUCUGCUACAGAAAACACAACUGAAAGUCAAAAUAACACAGCACGAUCCUCAAUUCAUCAAUCAUUUCCUCCUUGUCCUCCCUAUACACAACAUAAUCAGGAUGAUUUCCAAUCAUUUCUUCACAUGUCCUCCACAUUUUCAAGUCUUAUUGUCUCUACCACGCUGCAAAACCCUGCAGCUCAUGCUGCAGCAAGUUUAGCUGCUACAUUUUGGCCUUAUGCAAAUGCAGAAACUUCGGCAGACUCUUCCGUGUGUUCUAAAGGUUUUCCAUCUGGUCAAAUUGGCUCAUCUCCAAGUGUGGCAACUAUUGCAGCUGCUACAGUAUCUGCUGCAACUGCAUGGUGGGCUGCCCAUGGACUGCUUCCUUUGUAUGCUCCACUCCAUGCAGCUUUUGCCUGUCCUCCUGCAUCAGCAGUUACAGUUCCAUCACCGAAUAUUGGUGAAUCACCACAAAAAACAGAGCAAGGAGAAAUUACACUACAAAACCCUCCCCUGCAAGAUCAGGUACUGGAUCCAGAACACUCAGAAGCUCUGCAAGCUCAACAUUCAGCUUCUAAGUCACCAGUUGUUUCUUCAUCGGAAUCUGAGGAGAUUGGGGAUGUCAAUUCAAAUACUAUAUCAAAGGCUGAUAAUCAUGAGAUAAACCAAGAAAUUUCCGAGCACCCUGAUUCUAACAAAAUGAAGGGAAGGAAACAGGUUGAUCGUUCCUCAUGUGGUUCCAACACAGCCUCCAGCAGUGAAGAGACUGAGGUACUAGAGAAGGAUGAGAAAGAAAAGGAAGAGUUAAAGACAGCUGAUGCAAACCAUUUAGCUAAUGAGCCUAGUAAUCGUCGUAGUAGAUGCAUUAGCAACCUUACUGAUUCUUGGAAGGAGGUCUCUGAAGAGGGGCGACUCGCCUUUCAGGCCCUAUUCUCCAGGGAGGUGUUGCCUCAAAGCUUUUCACCUCCGCAUGAUUUGAAAAAUAAUGAUAAUCAGACGGACAACAUCAAGGAUAACAAACAAAGCACAGACUACAAAGAUGAAGAUCUUGACAGCAAGAAAUGCAGUUCUAAUUGUGCAGGGGUGCAGAAAAACCUGCCAUUUGUGGAAAAUAACAAAGAGGUGGAGGGACUGCUAACCUUAGGUCUUGGACAAGGAAAGCUAAAGACUCAUCGAACAGGGUUUAAACCUUACAAAAGAUGUUCGGUAGAGGCAAAUGACAACAGGAUCGGAAUGGCCUGCAACGAAGAAGAGAAAGGUCCAAAGAGAAUACGCUUGGAUAGGGAGGCUUCAACUUGACGCUUGAUAUAUGCAUGCAACAUCACACAAAGAAAAUCUCUAGGUUUGCAUAUAUCAUUUCUAUGUCCUCUUGUUCAAUGUCUAUAUUGCUUAUUUUCUAAUUCUGCAGCUCACGAAACUUGUCGUGUAGGUGUGUGUACCAUAUUAAAUUACUACAUACGCUCUUUUACACUCUUGGACCGAUGUUACUGCAAUUAAAAACUCCGUUAAAAUAGACUUAGAUAAGAAACAUUAAGUACUGUUUGAGCAUUGAACACUUAAGCAAUUUAUGAUCCUUCAUUCAGUCACUUCCUUUUCGAUUUUUUUUAGUUGUGUGACAUCUGUAGUGACCUAUUUUCCUCUAUUGCAAAAUCUGCUCAGAUUGAACAAAAAUUUCUU